GUACAUAUAUGUACAUAUGUCCUCCUGCACGGCAAAUAUCCACACACAUGCAGUCAGUUGAAAAACGCCGUGACAAUUAAUCUGCAUUUUGAGCAGAUUCCGCGCCACAGAUUUGCGCCUCGGCCCUUGGCCUCCUGUUCUCGUUCAUUUGUCUUUCGCUCGGUGGCCAUUUAAAAAAACAUAAGUAAGAAUAGCGCAGACUCUAACCGCUACACCAUCCUCUUCACCACCCUCACAAGAUGAGGCUCUCUACAUUCUCCGCUUUAUUCGCUAGCGUACCUCUGGCCGCCGGCGCUUUUAUGGGCAUGGGGGGCGAAGACCAGAGCCCUUACUGCGCCCGGGCCUGUCGCAGCGUCCUGGGAACAGCGAACUUGACCUGCUCACAUAUGAUGGACAUGGGAGACCAUGCGAUGAUGAUGACGAUGCCUAAAUGCCGUGCAGACGACGACGCCUGGCUGACGUCUCUGGCCUAUUGCUUCGACAACAAAUGCGCCGGCAGAGUUCCACUCUGGCAGCUCGAACAGGUGUGGACCGAGACAGCAACGGGUGCCCCGGGUGUUUCCGCAAAGUGGAGUUACCAAGAAGCCCGCAGCCAGGUCGACGGAGUGCCGCAUAUGGCGUGGAGGGCUGGCCUUACGCUAAAUCAUACUAUGGCCGUCCCGGAGGCUCUGUGGACCACGUGGAACCACUUCAUGCCUGUUAUGGAUCAAAAUAGCGUCCACAUGUUCAGAUACUCCGUGGUGCUGCUCAUCGUCGGCUUUGCUACCCCCAUCGCAAUGACGGUGCUCCCCAAGCUGCCCAUCCUCUCUUCGCUCGCGGCCAGACUCAGGCCCUAUGCUGUAUGGCCUUCCAUGAUCGGCAGGAUCCACAGCCAGUCCCUGCCAUGGCAGUUAGGUAACCCGCCUACGAUCGGACAAGGCCUGUACAUUGCCGGCUUCGUGAUACUCAACAUCAUCCUUUCGUGCGUGAACUACUCAACACAGUGGCCACUUAUCCAUCCUUGGGCCUACAAUAAGCGGGGAGAGAUACUGGCCUACGCUGGUUAUCGAACGGGAGAGUUUGCCUUUGCGCUCCUGCCGUUGACUAUCCUUUUCGCUGGUCGGAACAAUAUCCUGUUGUGGCUUACCAAUUGGCCCCACUCGACCUACCUUCUUCUGCACCGUUGGGUAGCCCGUCUUUUCGCUCUGCAUACUAUCUUGCACUCUAUCUUCCUUCUCGCAGCUCGAAUCCAGACUGGCACGUACGCAAAAGACUUGACGCUACCGUAUUGGCAAUGGGGAAUAGUAGGCACAGUCUUUGUCUCCGUCAUGCUCAUUUGGAGCAUUCUCUGGAUGCGUAGCUUUUCGUAUGAAGUCUUUCUCAUCGGUCAUAUCAUCAUGGCCGUCUUCACCAUUGUUGGAAGCUGGUAUCAUCUUGUCUUGCGCUUCGGAUACGGCGGCGAUCACGAGUACUGGCUGUAUGCGGCUGUCGCCGUGUGGGCGUCUGACCGCAUCCUUCGCGUUGUCCGAAUGGCCAGGAAUGGAGUACGUCACGCGACUGUGACAGACAUUGGCGCUAAUCACGUUAGGAUCGAAAUAUCUGGCAUUCGUUUCGGAGGCAAACCAGGCUACCAUGGAUAUGUUUAUUUUCCUACACUUAGCCCGAUGAAGCCUUGGGAGAAUCAUCCUUUCUCAAUCAAUUCGACGGCCUUGCUUCGUACCCUCCAAAGCCGGCAAACCAAUCGAGGAAACUCCUUGGCAGAGGAGGACUCAAGUAUGGACAAAUCUAAAGCUACAGUGAAAACUUCCCAUGCUUACAACGACAUUGCAAACACUGCUGGUCUCACAUUGUACGUCCGUAAAUCAACUGGUAUGACGCGACUUUUGCAACAACAUGCAAGCCUGCUUAGUCUUCUCGAUGGGCCGUACCCGAACAAUCCUCCUGCUGCCGUUCUCAACGUCGACAGGCUUCUUCUCAUUGGUGGCGGCAUCGGUAUUACUGGCCUGCUAGCAUUCAUCAACGCGCACGUUAAUGUCAAGAUUGCGUGGAGCGUGAAGCAAGCCGAUCAAGCUCUAGCCACCGAGUUGGACGGCGUUGUGCGUAGCGCCGUAGAUCACGAAGUGCGCAUCGGCGAACGUUUCGACUUACCCGCUCUCCUAAAGCAAGAGAUCGUAUCCGGAUAUAAAAAGAUCGGUGUGGUUGUCUGCGGACCGCCAGCCUUGUGCGACGAUGUACGCGCUCUCGUGUCCAGCUUGGGCCGCCAUGAGAAAGUCGAGUUCGAGUUAGAGGUGGAUGCUUUUGCUUGGUAAAAAAGGAGGAAAGGAAAGAAAAACGGAGGAGGAGGGGGUUAUUCCCAGAGAAAUUUUUUGUUCCAGGGCAUCGAAACGGCUCAAAACAUUGUUGUCCCCACCCCGACCGUUUGGUUCUACGAUGUCCGCAGGUGAAGAUAACGCCCUGAAUUCUUCCCCGUUUU